CCCUGCUCUUCCUUAUCGCCUAGAGGCUAUCGUAGAUAGUAAAUAAACCUAAUACCCAUCCCCUCUCCUCAUCCCCUCUCCUCUCGAGUCGAAAGAUCAAUCCGGUGGCAUCAGAUGACCGCCAAGAGAACCGACGACCGCCCCACACAACCAAGAUCUACGAGAAUGGGGUCUCGGAGGAAGGAGAAGCCAUCUGCUGAAAAAGGAAAGGAGGAGGAGCCAUCUGUUGAAAAAGGAGAGGAUGAGCUAUCUUCUGUUCAAAAAGGGAGGGAGGAGGUAGCGAAUGAAGCACGAGAAUUGAUUAAGAGAUGGCAACUCUCAGCACGCCAACGGGACUUGGAAGCAAAGUCGUCCAGCGAUGUUGAUCAACAAGAAGAAGGAGGAAAACCGAAGAAGAAGAGGAAGACGCCGGAAGAAAGACCCCGAUUUUCAUACCAAGAGAGGUGGGCUUACAAAAGGAGGCUCAAAGAGAGCGGGGGCUUUGAUGUCGGGGAUGUUCCCGAUAAUGUUGAUCCUCGGCUGACACCCAUUGCGCCGUAUAAAGUCUUCGGCAGGCCGCAUGCAGAUAUCAGAUUGAAAAAGGUCGAAAAGUAUUCCAAGUUAGCUCUUGACAAGUACAACAAGGAUAACAAAACCAAGUUCGAGUUUGGGAAGUUUCUCAAGGCGAACGUCACUACUUAUAGUUGUCGGCUCUGGUAUGUUACCUUUCAGAGCAAGCAUAUGCCUGGUUUUCGCCCUAAGAACUUCCAAGCUGUCGUGCAUACUAAUCAGUAUGAUGAGGGAGAUGUCAAGCUUUGCAAGCGUGUUACAUAAUUCAAACUACUCGGAGGCUGUCAUUGAAAAGAAAGGGGAAAAAAACUUGAAAGCUUGAUAAAAACUUAAUUGCAGCAGUUUUGGGACUUAGACAACUUUUCCUGUAUCCUGCUGAUUAGAAAAGCAAAAUGGGCUCCCUCAAAUGCUGGAAAGAGAUGCUCUGUGCAUUGAUAUGUAAUAAGGUCUCAUUUGGUGCCGAAAUUCUAUGUCCUCACCAAAAUGUACCAUUUUGUGAAAAAAUCGGUGGAUAAAUUACAGGCUAGUUCAAAAACUGCCCCUUAAUUCCCAUUAAAAUUUUUGUCCGAAAAAGUCAUUUUUGCUGUAGUCUUG